UUGUUUGUACUUAAAGUUCUCUCCUCUGAAUCUCUUUAUGGGAUCACCCCACUCCAGCUUUUGUGUAUCCAUUUUCCACUGAUAAAGCUCCUGUCAAGACCCAUAAUUCCGUGCGCUCGCCCCUCCCAUCCUCUUUCCGCCAUCUUUCCGUGCCGCCAGAAUGGUGCGCAUGAAUGUCCUGGCUGAUGCUCUCAAGAGUAUCAACAACGCCGAAAAGAGAGCCAAACGCCAGGUGCUUAUUCGGCCGUGCUCCAAGGUCAUCGUCAGGUUUCUAACAGUGAUGAUGAAGCAUGGUUACAGUGGUGAAUUUGAAAUCAUUGAUGAUCACAGGGCUGGGAAAAUUGUUGUGAACCUCACAGGCAGGCUAAAUAAGUGUGGAGUGAUCAGCCCCAGAUUUGAUGUGCAACUCAAAGAUCUAGAAAAAUGGCAGAAUAACCUGCUCCCGUCCCGUCAGUUUGGUUUCAUUGUACUGACAACCUCAGCUGGCAUCAUGGACCAUGAAGAAGCAAGACGAAAACAUACAGGAGGGAAAAUCCUUGGAUUCUUUUUCUAGGGAUGUAAUAUGUACAAAUAAAAUGCCUUAGAGGAAAAAAAAAAAA